UUAAACUACACCGCUGUUAUUGAAACAGCGAUGCAACAGAAGUGUUCCUUCCCUGCUGCGUUUUGUUUACGUCUGUGUCAUUUGUACUUUUCCUGCUCGCAUAACAAAUCGACGGUGAAGUUUCAGCGUAACUUCGUUCACCCGUAUCGAUGUGAAAAUCUUCAACUCUCCCAAAGACCGUCAUUUGUGACUCGCUGCGAUGCCCAAUAAGAACACCGGAGACGCUGUUGACGACCCGCACACUGACGUGCCUCCUUUGGAGCAGCUGGACUCGCCUACAGGGAGCCCACCUUCAGUGUCCAAUAUGAUGGACCUGGAAAACUGUGUGGCCAACCUCAGCCUCGCACACGAGAUAGUGAUGAACGCUGACUUCAGCGUCAAACACCAAAGCCCACCCAAACACAGUCUUGAAGAGAGAGUAACAGAGAUAAUGCACCGUGCAUUUUGGGACAGUCUUCAUGAGCAGCUAACCAGCGAAACCCCAAACUACAGCCAUGCAAUGAUUUUACUUCAGGAGGUCAAGACUAUGCUUCAGUCGCUGCUUUUGCCUGGCCAUGUGAGACUAAGGUCUCAGCUGGACGAGGUGCUCGACAUUGCGCUGAUCAGGCAGGAAGCUGAUCAUGGAUCGUUGGAUAUUCACAAGCUAGCACACUAUAUCAUCGGCAUCAUGGGCUCCAUGUGUGCCCCUAUUCGGGACCCAGAGAUCAAGGCUCUAAGGGUUCUCACUGAUCCUGUGGAGCUCCUAAGGGAGAUCUUCCGUGUCCUGGGAUUGAUGAAGAUGGAUAUGGUCAACUUCACUGUCCAGACACUGAGGCCUCAUCUUCUUCAGCAAGCCGUACAAUAUGAACAAGCCAAAUUCCAGCAGAUUCUGGAGAAACAGCCAAGUUCUCUGGACUGUACCACUGCUUGGCUGCAGAAAGCAGCCCAAGAAAUGGCACCUGUAGUCAGACCCCUUUCUCAGCCUGGCAUGGAGACUUGGCAUGGACAUAGCUGUGGCCCAGUCAGCCCUACUGCAGUCCUCCGCAGGGCUUACCUGCACCUUCUCCACUGGGACCCACAUGACCAGAAGUACCCUGAGACUGUGCUGAUGGACCGAGCCCGCUUGGACACACUGGGCCAGAGGCUCACCAUGUUGGUCCUGGAGGCGUCAAUUCUCCUGCUGACCUGCACUCAGUGUGGGGGCGUUGUUUUCUCCAUCAAUGGGCUUGUAGGUAAACUCAAGCAGACCAUCACUGCCCUGCUGGAGGGCAGUCACACCAGGGAAGCUGACCUGAGGGAGGAACUGAUGGGGCUCGGGGAUAAGGUCGUGGUGCAGGUGACAGAGGCAAUGGUUUCCCAUGGACAGAUACCAAUGCCUCAGGACAGCCAGGAUCUGCUGAAGGGACAGAUAUCAGACCUCUGGAAGCACAAUAACCCCAUUCGCUCACUCAUAGGAGACAGAGUUCAGGGCUACCUCCAGGCCAUGCUGGAGGGUAGCUUCACUAAAAGGAGUCCAGAACUGCCCGAUACCCUGAGGGUGCUGAGUGCUGAGCUAGUGGAGCUGGGGACGGCCUUUGGGCAAAUCGCCCACUUCAACCAAACAGUCUUUGGUCCCUUCUAUGCCCCUAUUCUCAGGAGGCUACUGUUCUCACCACCAGAAGCAGAGACUGCAGAGGACUCGCGCUAGGCUAAAGUCAUGUUAUGGGCCUACAGGUAACCCAUAAUAAAUAGCAUUUGGCAUUCAGACUUUCUUUUUUUUGUUUUUUUGUUGUUUUUUUUUUAGUACUGUGGCAUGUAUAAACAAUGGUGGCUUGUUUAAAAGGGAAACAGGUUGCCCCUCAAUUUAGACAAAACACAAAGUAUGGAGAUGAAGAAAUAUAAAAUGGCCAGUUGGUACCCAUAUUGGCUUUAGUCUGUUGUGUGUUAUGAAACAGAUAAGUGUUUUCUUUUCAACAACUGGAACCUUCAGACAAAAAAAAAAUCACAUUAGUCACCAGGAAACUUCUUUCAGUUGCUAAUAUAUAUUAAGCUGACAUUAAAUUUGUCAGUGUUGACAUAAAACAGUAUGUUUGCUGUCCUUAAAGCUACAAUCCUGAAGGUUUGGAUGCAAACAAAUGGCUAUUUUUGAUCAUCACUGUCACUGGGUUAUUUAAAACUAUAGCUAGUUCGCAAAUACUCACAACUAUGAAUUUAUCUAGUUGCUCAUUUUAAUGGUUACUGUUGGGUAGGACUUUCCUGCAGGAAAUAUAACACAUAGUAUUUUACAUCUUCACCACAGCAGCAAAAUGCUAAAGAAUAAGGCAGGCAGCGGCAAGUAAAAAAAAAGAAAGAAAAACAGCAAUGCUGAUGUGGCUGACACGCAGAUAUGGCAAACCAAACUUGUUCAGUGAUGGGGAUGGUCCUGACACGACAGCACUGGUGACAGUUUCAUUUUGACAGUCUUUAGGAUUGUAGCUUUAACAGUGAAUGUCAAAAAAUGACAGCCUUAAAGGGGAUAAAUGGACCAUUUUGGCUAUCCUUAAACAUAAUGAAAGUAAGUAUCAGUAGGGUUUGCAAAGAGGUAGUGAUUAAAACAGUAAAAGGACACACACAACCACUCCCCAGAUGUCUGUACUCAAGACACAGACACCAGGCCAGCUCAGAGGUUUUGUUGUAGUAGUUUAGAGGCUACGCUCCUUCACAGACUUGGCGUGAGAACUGGCAAUCUUAUCAAGCGUUAAUUUUCUAAAGACAAACAUGCUGGGUAUCUGCUACACUGCUAUUUGACUUUGCUUGUUUGUGUUUGGUCCUUAAGGCUUCAAACUGCAAAUUUAUUUUCUGCCAACCAUGUAAGAUCACGACCCAUGUGUGGGCAGGUUUUCAUCCAAACCAGACACAAGCCGAUACAGGGGGAUACGGCAUGGGGCCAACUCAGUGAAACUAACUGGUAAAGUGUUUGGUUGGAAUAAAAACAGGAAGGGUUGGCUCUCCAGUGAUGUCUGAUUGAGAUGUUCUUUAGUAUUAAGAGGCCAGGUGUGGAUUUUCACAAAAUGGAUCACAGUCAAAUCAAAUAUUAUAUUAACUCUUGUAAGUUACUUUGUUUUUGAAGAUUUAAUUUUCUCCAUGUUUGUUGGUAUGGAAAAUUAUUAGCCCAGAAUUUAUGUAUGAAAGUAUUAAUCAAAUAAUUCUAGGUACUGAUUUAAUCAUGGCUUUGCUUGCUUUUUCUUUUGGGCUUUUUGUUUGUUUUUUUUUGUUGCCAGCAGUAGAAUAUGUCUUUACCACUGGGCGGAUAGUGAAAAAGACGUAUCUGCAAAACCAAAGGAACAGCUUUACAUGGAGCCAUGACCCAUUACACAACUAAUUACGUUCACUUUUGUCAACAUGUAUAAAUACCUCUUAUUUUCCUCUAUACCUCUGAAUUGUUUGAAAUUGACAGAUUAAAUCAAUAAGGAAUAGUUGAUUUUCCUACCUGAAUUCACCCUGCCAGUCUUUUUUCCAUGUCCAUGUAGGUGAUUGUGUUCAUCAUACCGUUUUUUUUUCCUUUUCUUUUUACACCAAGUGUAACAAUGACAAAUUCUUGAGCUUGCAGAAGACUGACUUGCGUGAAUAGCUUUUAUUUUGUGAUGUUGGCAGAGAACAAGAAAGGUCCAUUUCUGCUAUCAAGCCCAAUCUUUAGCCCGUGCUGAUGGCCGACCUUCGUCUCUGCUUCACAGUGCACCCGGGGCAAGACGAAGUGUCACCCCGGGUAAAGUCAAAGUUUCACAGACUGAGAUGUAUGGAAUACGUUGGGAUUUUUUUUUCCCCUCUCAGCUGGGUUUCACAAUCACCACUCAGGAUAACGGUCCUCAGGAAAAAUUCAAUGUGACAAAAGAAAAUAUACAGACAAGAUAUGUAAACAGAUGUGUGUAAAUAUACUUAAUACAGAUUAUGAAAUGUAUGCUCUUUUCUUUACCUUUAUUCUGACAUAUGUGAAAUUGACCCAAACAUUAGCAUACCAAAGAUAGUGUGGACUUUGUUACGAUAGACCAAAGUAUACUGUAAAUAAAUAACAAUUAAAGCAGUCUUGUGAUUUACACUGUAAGACUUGACUGGGUGGUGUGAUGUUUUCGUCUCUCUCAUGAUGCUAUCAUCCAUUUAAAAGAAGGCAUUGCUAUCAGGACACCUUUUUUUUGUAAUUGUAUCAUUUAAUUUCAUUAAUAUAUUGCUUUGAAAUUUGAGACAGUAUCACAUUAUCAUUGACAAACCAUACUCUGUCCACAAACACGGGCAAAGCAUUGUAUGCUGGUACAGGUUUUUUUUUCUUCUCUACAUUUUACAACAUUUCUUCUUCAUUACCCUUAAUUCUCACAGUAGCUAUCGCCAAUAGACCUGAAUCAAUAGAAAUGCACAUUGAUGAUUUCUUGUCAUUCUCUACAGUGCUCUGUACAUUACAGUACCUACAUUGACGAGAUCAUAAAGUCACAGGGAGGCCAGGGAAUAAACCUGACCUGGCUGACCUCUCUUAAGAUGGGGGU